AGUAUGGACCACAUACAGUUUGCAUGUACGAGUGAUUGUUUGCGGUAAAACAGCGAGUCAAUCAAUUAUUCCAUACAUUACUAUUUUUCUUUUGGAAAAAUAGAAAGAAUGAAAUACAAGCCCAUGAAAAGUGUUCCAUCAACAAAUGUAUCUUGAAUAAUUCUGUAUGUAAUCAUUAUUCACCGUCAUUCCAUCAAAGAACGUAGUAGUUCUGUAAGCCUUAUGAUUGGUUCACACACCGAAUUGGAACGAACCGGUUCAAAUGGGCUGUCAAUGAAUUGUGUGUAUUAUUCCUGUUAAGAAGAGUGAAAAAUAAAAGCGUAAGUUUGGGAAAUUCGCUAUUAAAGCCGCAGCAAAAUUUUCUUGUGCGAUUUAAUUGUAGUUUUUAAAAAUUUAUGCAUGUUUUGCGUCUGACUAUUGCACGAAAGCGAUGUGUACAGAAAAUUUUCACUGAAAAACAUGUGUUUAUGUUGCAUGUGACUCAAAUAAACUCGAAAGCAAUUUGAUUUCGACUGUUUAAUAAACAAUCUUGCAAUGCUUCCAUCGACCAAAUUAUUUAAAUCGAUCAACUGUCCGUUUUACGAGGUUGACGCCGAAUCAUGUAAUAGGCCUUAUUGUCAUUACAAUCACAAAAAACCAGAAAAUCCACCAGAUGUAUCGAAGCAUGCCGCAACUUCGGAAAACACUAAAACUUUAAAGCCAUCGGUACCUGUUUACAUACCAACACCAAAGCACAUCCUUGAAGCGCGUAAAGCGAAUGGUUCAAGUACAACAACCGAAGAAUGUCCGGUAAGCAAAAAGCCGAAAUUGGAGUAUGUACCCAAGGCAAUAAGUAACAAUUCAGCGCCGAUUCCAACUUAUAUUCCGUCAUCCGUGCCGAAUCAAACAUCAAACGAUGAAUAUGAACCGAGUCCGGUUUUUGGAAAAGAGGACAUCAUUUCAAAUGCCGCUGUAGAUGAUUUGAAUGGUGAUGACAUUUCCGGAUUAUUAACCGAAUUAUCAAGUGAUCAAAUUACAAAUAACGAAAAUCUUACGGGAAAUGGGCCAAAAGGUACGGACAGAUUGGAAAAAAUAACCGAUUUGACGCAAUCACAAGAUCAUAAAUCGAAGAAAAAUAGUCAUAAAUCUUCAUCACCAGCGCAUCGACAUCAUAACAGCAGCAGCAGCUCUCACAGAUCAACUCAUUCGGAUCGAAAAAGUAAUAGCAGUAGUAGUAGUAGUAGGUCGAGCAGUUCAACACAUAAAUCCUCACAUCAUUCGUCACGGAAAUCAAAACAUUCGGAUAAAGACAGGGACAAAGACACGGACAAAAGUAGGCACAGCAGUAAAUCAUCAAAAGAAAGUAGACACAAAAGUGAGCAUCGAUCAAAAUCAUCAUCAUCAUCGUCUUCAUCGCGACACCACUCAUCAAGUCACUCGGAUAGAAAGACUCACAUUAGCAAUAAUAGUAGAACAAAAGACUGCAUCAAUAGCUCAGUAGUUUAUGAAACGGAUAGUGAAGAAGAUGAUGUGGAGGCCCAAUGCCGUAUGAUAUUUGAAGAGUUUGAUCCGUCGUUGCUCGAAAGUAAACAAGAUGAAAUGCCAAACGGUAGUGCUAUGUCGGCCGAAGAGGACGAUACAAAGGUCGAUGAUGUUGCAAAGAAAAAACGGGUUGCACAUGAAAAUGCCGACAAACAAAUGAAGCCGAUAGCACCAUUCAAAAAACAAACGGACCAUGUAAAGAAUGCUCUACAGUCGGUGUUUAUGCGUCAAGAAAUUGUACGUAAGCAGAAUGAGGCUAAGCAGGAGCAGGCACGAAAGGAACAAGAAAAACGUGAACUACUUGAAUCACUUGAAUCUGACAAGCCGGAACCAAAAGUGAUGGCACCAAAGCAAAAUCUCACACCACUCAUUUCACCGGCCGCUUUAAUUCCGCCAAGAUUCCCUCCAAAAAUAUUUGCACCGGUCAGCAAUAUGCUGGCCAUUGAACGAGCAAAAGAGAAAGUGUUGCAGCUAAAGGCACAGAAAAUUGCACAACAUCAACAAUUUAUGCCGAAAACCAUUGCUCAAACAGCAUCAAAGGGUAUCGGUCGUGUUGCUCACACAAACACAACCAACGUCACCAACACCAACAACAAUGCACAGAAUACCAAGCCAGCGCCUCCAGUAUUGGAGUCCACUUCAACCAAAAUUUCGUACAACAUUCGAAUGCAAUAUUACAACUUGAUGGUCAAACAUUGUUUGACCAUUUAUGAUGAAUGCAACGAUGCUUGGGAAAGGGCACAAACAGAGGAAUUGGCCGUAUUCAAGAAAUGCAACACACCGAAUAUUUACAAAAGCAGUGCAUUGUUGGCCAUAAACAAAUUGCGCAAAGAAUCUCUGGAUGCUGGCAACGUGAACACAGAAAAGAAUAAGGUGAUAUCACACGACGUUAUAUUAGCAGGAAAACAUGGACAAAACACAUCGUGGAAUUUGAACCGGAAACCUUCUACCGAUGGAUCCACGAAUAUUAUUGACAACGUUUCCAGUUCAAAAGCACAUAAAAUGAUUGCUGAACUGUGCAUGACCGAUGAUCAAUUGAAGGAAAAUGGUUAUCCGCGUAGUGGUAAUCGGCCGGGCGUUGCGGUCAUUCACAAAAAACAAGGCGCAACACCGGCAAAUCCAGAUGAUCGAUACUGUCGCCGCUGUGGUAAAGUAUUCAAACUGGACGAAUUUGAUGAGGAAUGCAUCGAUCGUUGCAAUUAUCACCCAAAAAGUCCCGGUUUUCGAAGAGGUUUCGCUGACAAUUCGCAUCGAUGUUGUCAACAGCCGGCUGGUUCACCAGGUUGCAUGUAUGCAAAUUACCACGUAACCGAUUAUCUUGAUCAAAAUAAUUUAACUGGUUUUAUCAAAACCAUUGCCUGUGAUGAUGACUAUGUGCCUACUCGCAAGGAUAUAUUCGCAUUGGAUUGCGAAAUGUGUUACACCACCGUUGGAUUAGAAUUGACACGUGUCACUGUUGUUGACAUCAACCGUAAAAUCGUUUACGAUGCACUUGUCAAGCCCGACAAUCGGAUUAUUGAUUAUAACACAACAUAUUCGGGUAUAUCGGAAAAAACACUACAAAAUGUGAGCCGCACAUUGCGUGACGUUCAAGCUGUCCUGUUAUCCAUGUUCAAUUCCAAGACCAUAUUGGUAGGACACAGUUUGGAGAGUGAUUUCAAAGCAUUGAAACUGAUCCAUGACAUGGUCAUCGAUACAUCCAUACUCUAUCCACACAAAAUGGGACCACCGAAGAAACGAGCGCUGAAAACCUUAUGCAUCGAAAAUCUCAAACGGAUCAUUCAGGAAGAUGACGGCGGCCAUAACAGCGCUGAAGAUGCUGAAGUGUGCAUUGAUCUGGUGAAGCAUUACUUGAGAAAUCGAAUCAAGUAAACUGAACGAUGAUCAAAACAUCAUAUCAUGCAGAACGGUAGCUUGAAACUUAUAUACGGACGACUAACAAUUGAACCUCUUAACAAAACUCAGUGACUUCUAUUUAUAAAACCAGAGUAUUAAUAUAUUUAGUUAUUAUUGAAACACAUACAAAAAAUAUAUAUUGUUUUUUCUAUUCAACGAAGAAGAUUGGAUUGAUUGGAGCCCAAUUAUAAUAAUAAAAAAAGACAAGAAACCAAAAA